AUGUUUGGACUAAAUAAACUUAUAACGACUACCAUUGUAUUGUACACAGCCCUUGUGUGCUCCAUAGACUUAAACAUCAAUGACAAAGACUCCAUAUGUUCGGCCGCAAAGAUAGUUUCUGAUGGUAUGUGGAACUACUACGAAGGUUUCAAACACGGAGGAACGGUUGGUAUGUUUGCAUCCCCAAACUAUUGGUGGAAUGCAGGUGAAGCUUUCGGUGGAUUGGUGGAUUAUUUUACAUACUGUGAUUCAGAUAAUUCAACAUUGGAAAAAUGGAUUUACGAUGGAAUGUAUCAUCAAGCUGGUGAUAAUUAUAAUUAUAUUCCCUCAAAUCAGUCAACAACUGAAGGUAAUGAUGAUCAAGGUGUCUGGGGUAUGGCAAUCAUGGAGGCAGUGGAAAGGAACUUUACAAACCCAGAGCUGCACUCAUGGCUAGAAAUGGCACAGGCAAUCUUCAAUACAAUGGAUGCCAGAUGGGACACUGAACAUUGUGGUGGUGGUUUGAGAUGGCAAAUCUUUACUUGGAACUCUGGCUACAAUUAUAAGAAUACAAUUUCAAAUGGUUGUCUUUUCCACAUUGCCGCAAGAUUGGCUAGGUACACCGGUAAUGAGUCGGCAUAUCUCCCUACAGCUGAGCGAGUGUGGAAUUGGAUGGAAGAGGUCAACUUCUUAACUGAGGAGGAUAAUGGAAACUUGCGUAUCUAUGACGGUGCAAACAUCGAAGAAAACUGUACCGAUGUGACAGAUUUGAGAUGGUCCUACACGUAUGGGGUAUUUAUGACUGGAUGUGCUUACUUGUAUAAUGUCACAGGUGAUGAAACAUGGAAAUUUCGUACGCAAGAAAUUGUUGAAGCGGCAACCUCAUAUUUUUUCAACUCAACUAACAAGGUGAUGCAGGAAACCACUUGCCAACCUAGCAAAAAGUGUAACAACGAUCAAAGAUCUUUCCGUAGUUUGUUUUCACGUUGUCUCGGAUUGACCAUGGUAAUCAUACCUGAUUUUGAGGACAUGAUAAGGCCAUAUUUGGAGACAAGUGCUGAAGCUGCAGCUCAAUCGUGUUCAGGAGGAUCUGACGGAGUCACAUGCGGAGAGAAUUGGUCUGCUAGUGGUUGGGAUGGUGUCUAUGGACUAGGUGAGCAGAUGUCAUCAUUGGAAGUGAUUCUAUCCCUCAUUGCAGAAGAGCCAAUUAGCGUUCAAACAGGAGGAACAAAUAGAUCCAAUUAUGCUGCUGGUACUGACACAGAGGAUACUACAAAUAAAAACAAGAUAGAUAUAACUGGUAAAGAUAGAGCAGGAGCUGGUGUUUUGACAGCUAUUGUAUUGGCAAUCUUAUUGGGUGGUGGUAUCUGGAUGAUAUUUUAG